ACUCCUCACACAUCAACCACUCUGUUGACUGCUGCUUUUCUUCGAUUUUGUUCACCACCUCGCCAUGGCAGAUAUCAGUCCCUUCCAGGCAGCAUGCUUUGUCAUUGUCAGCACCUUUGAAAAAUAUGCAUCGAAGGAUGGUAAAUCAAAGACCUUAUCCAAAUAUGAGUUCAAGGAGUUCCUGAAGAAUGAGAUGCCUUGCCCAGCCGAGGGGCCGAAAAACCCAGCUCAGUUCGACAAGAUGAUGAAGGAGCUUGAUCAAAAUGGAGACCAAGAGAUCGACUUCCCUGAAUAUCUGUCCCUCCUCGGUGCUUUCACCUAUGCCUGCUUCGAAAUCUGUCAAAUGCAAAAGUGAGCAGGUCAACCACAUCCUUGGGUGCAGCCAGAUGGAGGCAACAGCAGCAUACCAUACCUGUCGUAACAGAUUUUAAGAAUUUUUUGUAGCUGCUGAAUAAAGAAAUUGUUCUACUUGUA